AUGAAGACGAAGCUCUUAUGUGAAGAUGUAUUUGUGUCUUACAACACUUCUGCCAACGACCGAAUUGCCGAAAGGGAUGCAACAACUCCACCAUAUACUUUCGACGAUUGCUCUGGUAAUACACAAGACUUAAUCACCAAGAUCACAAAAUCCGCUCGACAAAUUCGCCUUGUGGUAAUUGACUAUGCCGGAUUGUCGACCAAUCCUGACGACAUCAGGUUAUUCAUUUCUUUGAAUAAGUCCGUACGAGAAGUGGUAGUGGAUAUUGGUCAUAAGGUUGAAGUAUAUUCUCGUUUUGACUUACUCAAAAACAUCAAGAUCCUCACGAAUUUCGAUGUCGGAGAGAAUGUGUAA